AUGUCAAACCCCGAGCAGCAGCAGCUGUCUGCCGUGGACGAGCUGUUGAAGCAAGAUCCCACGGAGGGUCCUGCAGAUGAAACGAUGAUGGAUGCAUUCUCCGUGGCACCGACCAGUACGGCACCACCUGUGGAGGACCAGGAAGACAGUUUGAAGCUGUUGAAGGACUGCUUCGCAGGCUAUGGCAGCCCCGGGAACUUUUUGUCCGAACGCUUGGCCCUGCAGUCCAGUCGAGACGAGUUCGCUGCCUGGCUCGAGACCCAGGUCGGCAGGAACCACGCCGUCGACUACCUCGAUGAUUACGUCAAAUGGCAAGGAGCAGACCGAGGCCAGGAGGACCAGGCCCCGGUGUUGACGGUGGAGAUUCAGAAGUUUGCCUUUGAGAACUGCAGCCGCAAUGGGCCCGUCCAGCUGCACAAGGCCAUGCUGCUCGUUGAUCAGUAUCAUGUGGACGGUUUCUUGACGAAGCUGGAGCCCGUUCUGAUUCGGAAGGCGGCCUCGGCCCCAGAGUGCCGCAAUCUUGUCAUUGGGCUGAGAUAUCAGCGCCAAACUGGCUGGAAUAUGCCAUUAAGUCUCACACAUAGAAGGAGGCUUCUGCUCCGCUCUAAGGCAAAUGGUCCGAGACAUGGCCCUGUCGCGAACUUCGACAUCCUGUACCUCAAGGGCCACAGCCGUGUUGUGACUCUGAUGGCCUGCCUGGCCUGGGUGAUGAAGGAGGGCCUUGACAUCUGCGAGGCUUGUGGGUUCUGGUUUUUCCGAAGCUUUUUGUCCAGCCUGCAAGAGAUCCAGCGCAAAGCCAUCCACCUCAGCAACGAGACGGACGAGUUGUUUUACAACUUCAAGAUCGCUUCUCGGGGCUCGAUCCGAGAACCUCCGAGCCCAAUCACCUGGGUCUAUGCUUUGACCUCGCUCAGUGGAGAUAGCUCGUCGGUCAUUAACCUGUGGAACUCGACGAGCACAAGGGCCGACAAAUUGCAGGGCGGAAAAUACUACACGGUCAAGAAUCUCCUCGAUAUGCCGGUGGAGAUGCGAACUGUCGUUUUGAAGGCUGCCAACGACAUGGGCUCUCCUUUUACAGACGACAACUUGAGCUCCAGAAAAUUGCUUCCCAACUACGUCUUCCGGACAACGAAAGCUCCGCGACAGUCCAAAUGGAACAAUGCCUACGGCACCGUCACGAAGAAAAGCGCCAUUCUCGCGAUGGAAGCCGUGGUGAACAAUUUCCUGAACUCGCCCAAAGCUCUCCGGACAAAACCCUCAAAGCAAGACCUGGAGGAGCGAACGCAGUUGUGUGCACUCGCUGCGGCUUUGGCGGAUGAAGUGGUGCAGGCUCUUCCGGAUCUGCAGAGCCGGUGGACUGCCCGGGUUCGCCAAGCCGACCCGAUGAUGGAGGUGGAACUUUCCUCAGCCCUGCAGAACAAGAGUGACAACUUCGUGCCCCGGAACGCCCCGAGCUUGGCGAAGAUUAUUGAUGCUGCAAGCCUCAAAGUUCCAGGGACAGGCAGCAUGGGGGCCGCGAGCGAACUCGAUGUUUGCCAGAAGAACUUGGACCAGAAGACCUUUGAGGCCAUGCAAUCCGAAGUGGAGUGGGACAUGAAAGCCUUCGAGGUGCAUCGCAGCAACAAGGAGAACUACCUGGUCUCUGUUCGUAACCAACAGCUGCAGCAUGAGAAGGAGCUCCUGGCUGAUGCCCGCAAGGCCGUUGAUGCCUACUUCGAACAAUAUGUGACUCGCCUGCAAUACCUCAGAGUGUUUUUGCAGUUAAAUCGCACGCUGCGACCUGGUCCAGAAAGUGAAGCUGAGGCAUCCUUGCGAGUCUGGGAUGAGAAGGAUGCUGGAGCGGUGGCAAUCGCGAACACAAAGACUGACAUUGUCUCCGUGGUUUUCGCGAAUUACACGGCUCCUUGCUUGAUUGCCGCGAAGCACUUUACAGCAUCCAUCAAUUUGAUGCAGCAUGUGAUGGCGGAGCACCCGGAAAACGAACAGGCUGUGAUGAAGAGCAUCGCAAACAUCAAUCUCGUCACAGACCACACGUUUUCGCUCGUCUUCGACGACCGAGUGGAUGCCAGAGACGAGCGACCUCUGAACUACCACGGAAGACUGCUGAUGGUGCCGCCUGUCCACGCAACGCCGCCUCAGUCGCUGUGGAAGAAAAGUUCUCUGUUAGUCAAGGGCCGCACGAACCCAGCCAAGCAGCUUCCAGCUGGGCAAAUGCUUCGCAUCGAAAUGAUCGACCAGAGCACCCUGCCUAGUGUCACUGGGGACAUUCCCCUGAAAGGAGCCGCGAAGUAUGCUCAGCUCGGCAAAGACGCCUGCUCCGCCCUGGUUUCGAGCCUGUUCGAGAACGUCGACAUCCCGAGCACGAUGCUGGUGCACUUGCUCGACUUGGUGCCGGACGUGGGCAACAUGUGGCAAGCUUUCGUUCAGCUGCAGCAGACCUCGAACCACGCACUGCACUACACCGCCAUGCUUCCGGAUGCUACGUCCCAGGAGUGGUUUGAGACCACGCACAAGUCCCUCUUGGUCGACCAGCGCCCAAAACAGGUGCCGGCGACGGCACUCGUGGAGCCUGCGGCUCCACCUUUGAAACGAUUGGUCUACGGCAAGGAUGACAAUGAUGUGCCGGUCCUGCUCAGCUUUUCCGAAGUCGACAUUCGCAAGUGGUGCAGCCACCCGAUUUUCAAGGAUGAGUUUCAGACUUUGAAGCAGCAGUUGGCUGACAAGUACGGCACGCUGGAAGAACUCAAGGCAGCUGCAAAAGCUCAGGCCAAAGCAGGAGUCAACAAGCGGCCUUCACCCGCAGGCUCUUCGGGGAGCCAAGCCAAGAAGCUCAAGAUUGAGGACAGCGACCUUGUCGGCUUGGAUGACAUGAAAGGAACAUUGCUGCAGGAGGUGCCGAUCGGAAACGCUGUGCGAGCAAAGGGAGAAACUGAGCAAGUCUACUUCGUGCUCAGGGAUGGUGCGAUGUACAUCUGCAACAAGACUUCCCAGUCUGCGACGGUGCUCCAGCACGUGGUGCUGGCUGCCUUCGGCCGAGGCAAAUGGACCCAGACUCCCAAGCAGGGAGUCCUGAACAUCCCCUUCGAGCUGACGACCACCGACGACGUGGUCAUGAUCGACAACAAAGUGCUCGACCUGAAGCAGGUUCUCAAAGAUCACCAAAGGGCCGGCGAGGUCAUGGUGGCCUAUCACAAGACGACUCCUAAGCCUGGUGUGACUGACGACUACGAUCUGAAGAAAGAGCACAACGUCGUCUUUUUGCCCGAGGAGAACCAGGUGCCUCAGGAGAACGGUGUGCCGAAGUACACGCAGGGCAACUUGGCCUUGGCAGUGACCCCAUCGAAAUGGGAGACCAAAGGAACAGGGCUGAAGUGGACCUGUCGCUGGACGGUUACCGGAUUGACUCCGGUUCGCCCCUUGGUUUUGACGACAGCUGACAUUGUACUGCCGGCACAGAAGGCCUUGUUGUUGAGCUGA